UGUCUACAUUAAGAGUUCUAGGGUAGCCUGGGCUACAUAGUGAGACUUUGUCUCAAAAAAACAAAAAUAAACAAACUGAAAAAUAAUUGUAAAGAAGAAAAAUUCAAAUUCAAUUAUCUGCUAACCAACAUACCAAAGAAAAUCGCCCCUGACAUUUUGAUUAUACUGAGGUGGUCUCCUCAGGGCCAUCCUCUUGUAAGCUUGGUGGUCGACACUGGGUGCUAGCCCAGUGACGCCCUCCAGGAGUCAGUGGAGGGGCAGGGCAAAGGGCUGGCAAAGAUGCUGUGUGCCAGGCCCCAACUUGUUCCCAUGCCAGUCAGGCUGCCGAGAAGUCUUACACACCACACGUGACCUAAGGCUUCUCCAGGGCAGGGCCUGGUGCCAAGAUUAUUGCCACAACCACUGUGACAGGAUCCGCAGUAGCUUCUCCUCUGAGCCUCUGUGUGCCUCAUGUCUUCAUGUGCUGUGUGCAGAUGAGCUUACCACCUCUGGUGGUUGCUAUGGGAACUUAGCAGAUCUCGACCCACAAGCAUGAUUUCCGACUAGCCACAGCAGGUGGCCUCCAAGCGUGGGAGUCACCUAGCAUGGCUCCCUCCUGGGCCUAAGUGAGCAACCCUCUCACCAGAGUCCACAGUUAGCCUGGAGUCAGCAGCCCUGAGUCUCAGUCAGUUUGCUGUGUGACCCUCACCAUGGCCAAACAGCUGCCGGCUCGAAGGCUGAAUGGGAUUGAUCACAACCCCUGGGUGGAGUUUGUCAGACUGGCCAAAGAGUAUGAUGUCGUGAACUUGGGUCAGGGCUUCCCCGACUUCCCACCUCCGGACUUCGCUGUGCAAGCUUUUCAGCAGGCCGUCAGUGGGGACUUCAUGCUGAACCAGUACACCAUGGCAUUUGGUUACCCACCACUGACAAAGAUCCUGGCAAGUUUCUUUGGCAAGCUGCUGGGACAGGAGUUGGACCCACUCAAGAAUGUGCUGGUGACAGUGGGUGCCUAUGGGGCCUUGUUCACAGCCUUCCAGGCCCUGGUGGACGAAGGAGAUGAGGUCAUCAUCAUAGAACCUGCUUUUGAUUGUUAUGAACCCAUGACACUGAUGGCUGGAGGUCGGCCUGUGUUUGUGUCCCUGAGGCCGAGCCCUGCUCCUAAGGGACAAUUGGAAUCCACCAAUGACUGGCAACUGGACCCCACAGAACUGGCCAGCAAGUUCACACCUCGUACCAAGGCCCUGGUCCUCAACACACCCAACAACCCUCUGGGAAAGGUGUUCUCUAAGACGGAGCUGGAGCUGGUGGCCGACCUGUGCCAGCAGCAUGAUGUCCUGUGCAUCUCUGACGAGGUCUACCAGUGGCUGGUCUACGAUGGGCACCAGCACAUCAGCAUCGCCAGCCUCCCUGGCAUGUGGGGACGGACCCUGACCAUUGGCAGCGCAGGCAAGAGCUUCAGUGCCACCGGCUGGAAGGUGGGCUGGGUUUUGGGUCCAGAUAACAUCAUGAAACACCUUCGGACUGUGCAUCAGAACUCUGUUUUCCAUUGUCCCACCCAGGGCCAGGCCGCCGUCGCCCGGUGCUUUGAGCGGGAGCAGGAACACUUCGGACAACCCAGCAGUUACUUCCUGCAGCUCCCACAGGCCAUGCAGCUGACCAGAGACCACAUGAUCCGUAGCCUGCAGUUGGUGGGCCUCAAGCCCUUGAUCUCCCAGGGCAGCUACUUCCUCAUUGCAGACAUCUCAGACUUCAAGAGCAAGAUGCCCGACCUGCCUGGGGCUGUGGAUGAGCCCUACGACAGACGCUUUGCCAAGUGGAUGAUCAAAAACAAGGGCCUGGUGGCCAUCCCUGUCUCCAUCUUCUUCAGUCAACCCCAUCAGAAGGACUUUGACCACUACAUCCGCUUCUGUUUUGUGAAGGAUGAGGCCACACUCCAGGCCAUGGAUGAGAGGCUGCAGAAGUGGAAAAGAGAGCUCCAGCCCUGAGGCUCCUCAGCCCUCCCCCACAGUGGGGCUCAGCUGUGCCUAUCACAGGGAUGGUGCUGCAGGGCCCAGCUCUGUGACUGGACAUGCUUCCAGGAAAGAGGCCAUUUAUUUGGGGGUUUCAGCAAUCUUUCCCCAUCGUGUCUGGACUGCUGUCUUGGGUUGAGCCUCACUCUACUCCUCUGUAGGUUACUUGAGGGGUGUGGUUAUUUCUGGCCUCUCUGCCUGGGACAGUAAAGGAUGGAGUCAGGCCUGGAGUCCCAACCUCACCUCCAGCCUUAACUUAGCCCUGCCGAGGCUCAGGGCUCUCUGCCUCUUCUCAUGUGACUUCAGGACAUUGCUUCUGGCUUGACUGCUUUUGUUCCUAAUAAAGUUUUAAGUUAUUAGAGCCCUCAA